UCAUCAAGAAAGGAGAGGAGAGGAUAAGAAGGCGCCAAAUAUCAUCUCUCCCACACUCACCAGCACUCGCCAAGAAAAAUCUCUCUCAGCCAAGAAGCACAAUGCUCCCCAUCCCUCCUCCACCGCCUUCCGCCGCCUCCCGCUUCCUCUCCCCACCCCCGGCCUUAUCUCUCUGCCGCGCCUCUCCGCCCCCCAUCACCGCCGCGUCCACCACCGCGGCCUCUGCCGCCCCCAGCCCCCUCACCUCCCUCGAAUUCCGCCGCUACGACUUCGCCCCCCUCCUCGAAUUUCUGUCCUCCUCCUCAGCCCCCACCGCUGACGCCGCCGCCCCCCCGGCCCAGCUGGACCCGGCGGAGCUCCGGCUGGCGGAGUCCUACCGCGCCGUCCCCGCCCACCUCUGGCAUGCGCUCCUCAAGUCCCUGGCCUCUUCCCCCGCCACCCUCCCCUCUGCCGCAGCCCUCGUACCCUGGUUGGAGCGCCACCGCCUCUGCUUCUCCUUCGAUCUCCUCUACUCUAUUCUCAUCCACGCCCUCGGCCGCUCCCGGCGCCUCCACCACGCCCUCCUCCUCUCCACUUCCGCACCCGGUCCCCCCUCCGCCCUCACCUUCAACGCGCUCAUCUCUGCCUCCGCCAUCAACGGCCGCCCCGGCCAGGCCCUCCACCUCCUUUCCCUCAUGCGCCGCCACGGCUUCCUCUCCGACCACCCCAACUACACCCUCGUCCUGCAGUCCCUCCUCCGCUCCCCCGACCCCCCGGAUCCCUCCCUCCUCCUCCGCCUCCUCUCCGACCUCUUAUCCCAGCGCCUUGAGCCCGAUGCACGCCUCAUCUCCGACUUCGUUGUCGCCUUCUCCCGCGCCGGCGAACCGGACCGUGCCUUCUCCCUCCUCGCUGCCGCCCAGGCCCAGGGACUCACUCCCAAGACCUCCGCCGUCGUCGCCCUCCUUUCCGCGCUCGGCGCCGCCGGCCGGGUCGCCGAAGCCGAGGCUCUCUUCCUUGAGUUCCACGCCGGCGCUGAGCUCCAGCCCCGUACCCGCGCCUACAACGCCCUCCUCAAGGGUUACGUCAAGAUCGGAGCUUUGAAGGACGCAGAGCUGGUGUUCGAGGAAAUGGAAAGAUGCAGCGUGUCCCCUGACGAAGGGACCUACAGCCUCCUCAUCGAUGCAUACACCAAUGCCGGCCGGUGGGAGAGCGCAAGGAUCUUGAUCAAGGAGAUGGAGAUGAACGGCGUCCAACCCAAUUCAUACGUGUUUAGCAGGAUCCUCGCAAGCUUCCGGGAUAAAGGGGAAUGGCAGAAGUCAUUUGCGGUCUUGAGGGAGAUGAGGAACAACGGAGUCCGACCUGACAGGCAUUUCUACAAUGUGAUGAUUGAUGCUUUUGGGAAGUAUAAUUGCCUUCAUCAUGCCAUGGAUGCUUUUGAGAGGAUGAGGUCCGAUGGGAUUGAGCCAGAUGCAAUCACCUGGAACACGCUUAUCAACUCACACUGCAAGGCAGGGAGGCAUGAUAAGGCAAUGGAUCUAUUUCAGGAGAUGCAGGAGAGUGGAUGCAUGCCAUGCACUACAACGUAUAAUAUCAUGAUCAAUUCAUUGGGUCAGCAGGAGAGGUGGGAAGAACUGAAGGAGAUGCUGGAGAGGGUGAAGGGGCAGGGAUUGUUGCCAAAUGUGGUGACCUACACUACACUUGUGGAUGUUUAUGGGAAGUCGGGUAGGUUUAAGGAUGCAAUUGAGUGCUUGGAGGCCAUGAAAGCUGGAGGGCUGAAGCCUUCUCCAACCAUGUAUCAUGCCUUGGUAAAUGCAUAUGCGCAGAGGGGCCUAUCAGAACAAGCUAUAAAUGCAUUCAGGGUCAUGAGAGCAGAUGGUAUAAAACCUAGUAUCAUAGUCCUUAACUCAUUGAUCAAUGCAUUUGGUGAGGAUCAAAGAGAUACUGAAGCCUUUUCUGUACUGCAGUUUAUGAAGGAAAAUGACCUGAAGCCAGAUGUUGUGACAUAUACAACACUCAUGAAAACUCUAAUCCGAGUUGAGAAGUUUGAGAAAGUUCCAGCUGUAUAUGAAGAAAUGAUUUUAUCUGGAUGCACACCUGAUAGGAAAGCUAGAGCGAUGCUGCGCUCAGCUCUGCGAUACAUGAAACAGACACAGGAUUCAUAGCACAGGCAGCACAUCGUCAUUCAGGGAGCAAAUCACAUGGAUUCAAGCUGCUGCUUCAAUUCCUAAAUACCCAUUAAAGGAAAUGCUGCCAUAUCUGCUAUUGUUUUUGGCCAGACUGGAAAUAUUCACUAUUAAUGGAAGCCUGAUGUUGGUCUUUGAAACAAUAAAUUGGUCAGACAUGAAUCAGAGGACAGUCAUAAUCAAAUCGGAUGAAAUGAAAUACUUCACCGCAAAGAUGUGCCAAAAGUUGCUCUUGACAAUGCCAGUGUUGGUGCAAGACUCCUUCCAUUUUGACAUAUUAUUGACAUCUCAUGUUACUUGUCCCAAGCAAAGGGUGGGGUGAAAAGCAUAUAGGAGAAACGCAAGAAGCAUAUAUUCUCAUAAGAAGAAUGCUCUUGAAGGUUAAGGCGUGCCUGAUUCUCUGAAGUCAACAGUUGGAGGUGAUUUUGAAAGAAGAUGACUGCUAGAUGAACCAGGGCCAUCCAUUUGUGUGAGAUGUCCUCAAGGAAGUCUUAGAUUUCCAGAGUCUUCUUUGAUGGAGGAUCUUAUGUGCCAAAGAGAAUAUAUGUUGAAGAUUUUUUGAUAUGACUAUAAGCAGUGGCGGAGUGUAAGAGGGACCGGGGGGACCACUGCCCUCGUAAAAAAUUUUAAAAUACUUAUUACCUAUAUAUUUAUAUAUAUGAUGGCCCCCCCCCCAAUAUUUUAAUCUUACAUACAUUACGAGUCCAUCAGUUUGAGAAGAGGCCAAUAUAAUUAAUUCAUAUAUUAAUUUUUUAUUGAAAAUAAUAAAUUUUUUAAAGAAAAAACGGUUGUUUAUCUAUUCUUUAACCCUUUAUUUAUUCUUCAACCUUUAAUGUGGAAGAGAUUAGUGAGAUUUUUACACAAUCAAAAUCAUUUUGCAGAUGGCAUAAGGUAAUAUUUUUUACUUAUCUUUGUUUAUACAUAAAAUUAAAUAUUUAUUGACAUUUUUAUAGUAUUUUUGGAUAUAUAUAUCUUUAUUUUAUUAUUUAUUAUAAAAUAUUUAUUUAAAAAUUAUUAAUAAAUUUUAUUUUGCCCUCUCAAUAUUUGAUGUCAGGCUCUGCCACUGACUAUAAGCUAAGAUUAACCAAAAUCAUAUUCGGCAAAAUUUGUUCUCUUGGUUUGAGGUCUCUAGGAAGCCUACGUAUGCGAACUAGUUAAAUAAAAUAUCUGACGGAGAUAUGGGAGGAAGGCCUUGACCCUAUAUUUUUCUUAUGCUCAUCUGCGGUUGAUCUUAGACUGGAUUGGACCAUAAGCAAAUCUUUUUAAGCAUCAAGGACCAUAGGUUAGGCCUAGACCUGGCGCGCUUAUUGAUUAGGGUUCAAUUUCAGAAAACAAAAAAGCUUAGAACAUUUUUUGUACCUGCCUUAGCAAGAUUGAGUUAUAACCAAAUCCAUGAUUUUGUACAGACCUUACCUGAUGGUAAGAAUUUGGAUUCACUUAAAUAUAUAGUCUGAUCUGAACUUUAGGUCUACUUCAGUAGAUCAACCUGACCUGGCCUGAUCUAUUGCCAGCCAACUGCCAAACUUCUGGCUUCAUAUCACCAAUCUUGUCUGACUUAAGUUUAGAAGACCCAGCCCACAUAAGGUUAACUACCAUGGGUUUGGAUUUCAGACCAAAACCCAAUGGAGAAGUCCUUUAUACGAUCUAAACUUCAGAUCCUCUGGUGCAGAUGGGAAAACAUGGACUGAAUAUAUCUGCAACCCGAAAACAAAUCAGCUAUAAUUAGAAUGAGCGAUCAUUUUCAUUCUUGUUAAACAUAUGUGUAGUUCUCUAAAUUAACCCUAAUGACUUCAGUUUGACAAGGGUCAGAGAUGUGAUUUGGAUAUUGGUCAUUCAUGUUAACUUGUCAUUCUCUAAAACUGAAAGUUCUUAUCUUGAUUAUUAUACAACUAGGCUUAGUCCAGAGCAAGACACACUAGAACUCAUCCGGUCAUCUAUUUGAUAUUUAAGCCCUCAAUGACAAAACUGGGCCGAAGGAAUCUUAGUCCUAAGACAUGCAUAAUCCAAGAGUGCAAAAGAUCCUAACAACCUAAACAGACAAUUAGCAUCCCAAUAUUUUUCAUCUGGCAGACUAAAUGCUAUUGUUUUUAAAGAGUUGUCUCAGUCGACAUGGCCUAAUAUAAUAGUUAAGAUGCCGGAAAUGCUGCUCACAUUAGGCACCCAGAGUUGUACCAUGAGAGCUGUACUUAUUUAUUUAUUUUUUCCUUGAAGGCAGGUGAAAUUCUGUAUAGAAUAUGGUAUUCUUCCAGAGCAGUUAUAACAAUCCUUUGGACUUUAGUGGAUUUUCUGUUCCAGAGCUAAUUCUGUCUAUUUCAUGGAUUAGUGAGAGAACAAAGGUCAAGCCUAUUUGUCUUGAACCGAUGAUGAAGUUCUCAUGAUAGUUCCUUUGUUUACUCAAAGCCAGAGACUUUUAAUUUACAUGACAGAAGGUUUGGGAAUUUGCCUCAAAUAGUUUUUUUUAGUGGGGGGUAGCUUGUCUGUGAUAAUAUACGGUGCAAAGGUGAACUUAAACAUCUUAAUCAGCGGCUUGCCUUCACCAGAAAAUUUACAUAUACAGAAAAUAAGGUUCGAAUGAAGCAUAUGAUGUGCUUCAAUAAGGUAUAAAAGGCUUUCAAAAGUCAAAUUAUUCAUUAAAUAAAACAUAUAGUGUCCUUCAUAUCUCUCCAACUUUUAUACCUGCAGAUUAUUUUCUAAGUGCAAGGACUUUUAUAGCUUUUGAUAUAUCUGAACAAUGAAACCUGAAUACUGGAUAAAAUAUAUAUUUUUUGGUUCCAAACCGUAUAAAAGAUUUGUUGAAAGGAAAGAGGGGGAAGAAAAAGUUUCUUAGCCUGACUUCCGCAACUGUGGUUUAUUCCUGAUAUUUGAGUUACAUUAAUGAACUCUGAUCAGAAGCAACAAAUAUGCUAUUAUUAUAUCCGUUCAAAUUGCUAUUAUUUAUGUUUUCGUCAAUUUAGAAUCUGGUCACUUAUAGUCUCUUUUCCAAUAUUGUACCAUCUG